AUGUCGGCUGCUCUGACUGCUCAGCACUUGGGCCUCAGCGUCAUUGUGGCAGAGAAGGAAGAGCAGUACGGCGGUGCCACUGCUCGCUCCGGUGGCUGGCUCUGGGUUCCUGGGAGCAGUAUGGCCAAGGCUGCCGGCAUUCGCGACAGUGUCGACGAGGCGCUCACCUAUAUUGGCCACGAGGCCGGACCGUACUUCAACAAGGCUCGCGCCAAAGCCUACGUUGAGACAGCACCGGAGAUGCUUGACUUCGUCGUCGAAAACACUCCCGUGCGCUUCGAGCUGUUCACCGGCAUGCCUGACUACCACCCCAACUCACCGGGCGCGAGUCCCGGCGGCCGCUGUGUGUAUACAAAGGCAUGGAAUUCCCGUCCUAUGGGCAACGAGCUGAGUCGCCUCCGGCAACCGUUACAGUCCAUGACUGCGUUCGGCAUGCAAAUUGGCAACGAGGACCUGGCGACCUUUGUGACAGCCGGCCGAAAACUCUCAUCCUUCUUCCGUGUCAUGCAAUUACUUUUGGGAAACACGGUCGAUCGAUUCCAUGGAAGACCACCGUCACGCAUCACCAGUGGGCGCGCGCUGAUCGGCGGCCUUGCUCAGGCGGCUACCUCCAAAGGGACCCAGAUAUGGACGAACACUCCUGUCCGUCGACUCCUGCUGGAGAAUGGGCGCGUGAGUGGCGCUCUCUUAGAACGAAACGGUCGCCACGUCAACCUGCUGGCCCGGCGAGGUGUCGUUCUCGCUACAGGAGGCUUCGCACACGAUACGCAAUUGCGAAAUCAGUUGCUGAAGGACUCGAUGACAGACGUGGGCACCAACCAGGUGGCCUGGGGUUUGCUACCGUUCGGCGUCACAGGCGACGGAAUCCGGAUGGCUAACGGCGCAGGUGCUCGAUUCGAUGACAAGGUAACGGAGCCGAUUGCAUACUCUCCAGUCACGAGGAUAUUCAACGCUGAAGGCGACCUUUCCCUUUUUCCGGUCUUCGUUGGGCGUGCAAAGCCCGGCCAGAUCUGCGUCACCCGCAGCGGGAGACGGUUUAUCAGCGAAGGCUGCAACUAUCAUGCUUGGGGAGAAGCACUAGUCAAAGCCACAAAGGACGAAGAUGAAACUGUGGCCUGGUUUGUCUGCGAUAAACCGUCGCUCCAGCUAUAUCGUAUGGCCGCAGCGCCGCCCUGGCCGAUGCCUUUCGGCCACCUGGUCCGCUCGGGAUAUCUGAAACAAGGGAACACCGUCCGCGAGCUUGCCGAGAAUGCAGGCAUUGAUCCAGACGGAUUGGAAGACACGGUGGGCCAAUUCAACGUCCACGCGCGAGAAGGGAGAGAUCCAGAAUUUGGUCGUGGUGAAAACGUGUACGACCUCGCGAACGGUGAUCCGGACCACAGACCGAAUCCUUGCUUAGGCCCUCUUGAUCGAGGCCCAUUCUUCGCAAUCAAGGCUACCGCGGGAUGUGGUAGCACCCACGCUGGGCUGUCUACCGAUGAGAACGCAUGCGUACUUCGUCCUGACGGGUCUGUUGUUGACGGCCUGUAUGCCGUGGGUAAUGAUGCAGUCGCUAUCACUGGGGGCAAAAUAAUCGCUGGUGGCAUAACCAUCGGUCCAGCCAUGACUUUCGGCUAUCUGGCUGCUCGUCAUGCCGCUCGGAGUACUGUACAGUAG